AUGGCACUCUUUCGUCGCCAUGCAGAAGCCAUGGCACUCCUCACUUUCAAAGCCUCCAUCUUUGCUCUUGUCGUCCUUGGAGCCACAGCUGCCAGGGAUGUUGUGCAGGAGGUCACCAACUGGAACACCAACAUCUCCUCGGCUGACCGAGACUCAAAGUACUGUCGUAUGAAGAAAAGUCCCUUCAUCUUCUACCGAGGUACAAACCACUUGUUCUGGAAAGACUUUGCCCAUGAUGCUCGAUUGGACACCUACGGCAGCGAAGAGACAGUGACUUGGAUCCAAGGAGAUUUGCACGUAGAGAACUUUGGAUCCUUUGAGAAUGACCAAGGCCAAGUCAUCUAUUCCAUCAAUGACUAUGAUGAAAGCAUUGUGGCAGACUAUCAGUAUGAUGUGUGGCGUAUGGCAAUCAGUCUCGUCCUCUGGUUGAACGAACGGAAUGUUACUGAUCAGACCACGCAGGAUGCCGUCAUUGAUGCCUUUACUGAGUCGUAUCUUGAUACCAUGGCAUCCUACCGCGGAAACAGCGACGAGACCAACAAGAUCUUCACCAAGAGCAACACGUAUGGCAAGCUCGACAAUUUUCUAAAUGCCGUAGAAAAAGACGAGAGCCGUCAAAAGAUGCUUGCCAAGUGGUGCCUCAUGUCCAACGGAAGCCGGUACUUUGACUUGACCUACUACAAGCUGGAGAAUGCAAGUGAAGUCAAAAAGGCAGAUAUACAAGCAGCCUUGGAUGCUUAUGUUGCCAGUACCUCCUAUAGCAACAAAGGAACCGGUACGGGGGAAUACUUUGACAUCAAGGACAUUGCCAAGCGUGUGGCGGCAGGAACGGGAAGCCGAGGCCGUGAACGCUACUAUAUCUUGGUGGAGGGACCAUCCGAGGAUCAGGAUGACGAUAUCAUUUUGGAUGUCAAGCUUCAAUCUCAUCCUACCCCCUAUGUUUACUUGGUGAACGACAACACUCGGGCAGAUUACGACGCCCACUUUCACGGUAACCACGCCGAGCGACAUGCCGUUGCUUACAAGGCGCUAAUUGACGAGGCCGACAAUCAUCUGGGCUGGAUGCACCUUCCUAAUACCAGUGGUGGCUACUUUAGUGUUCGUGAACGUUCUCCUUUCAAGAAAACCUACGACCCAGAUGGCGACGACUCGGGAGUUACCAAUACGGGAGAUUACGAAGAACUCGCAGCGCAAUGGGGUGCCGUUUUGGCCACAGCCCAUGCCCGUGCAGACCAAGAUACGAAUGAAUAUGUGACCAAGAGCGUCGACAAGCAAAUUGAUAUUCUCACGGAUGGCCAUCACUCGGAAUUUCGCGCACAAGUCCGCCAUAUUGCCUACGACUAUGCGAAUCAGGUGGUUGCAGACUACAACACUUUUGUGGCCAACCUUGCCCGCAGCAGCUGUUGA